AUGCUGCCCGUGACCCACAUGCUAGCCUUCGGUGCUUGGCUGGUGGCACAGAGCAAGGCUACACCAAGUGCCCCCACAAUCUCCAUCUUCCUGAAGCCGCCCGGGGUGAUCCCACCAGGAGGCUCCACCACCAUCUGCUGCAGUUGCCAGUGUGACAGUGGGAAGUUCGUGCUGUACAAGAAUGGCAACCGUACCCUGGAACUGGGAGGCAGCAGGGCUGACUUCUCCAUCUCUAGUGCCACCCAAGAGGACACAGGUGCCUACAGCUGCCACUACCUGAGUGGAGGCACUGUGCUGGCUCGCAGUGAAACCCUGGAUGUCACAGUGCAAGAGUUCAGUCUCCCCAAACCUGUCCUCUCUGUCCUGCCUGGGCAUGAGGUGGCUGCAGGAGCUUACGUGAUCUUCCGUUGCACCAUCGCACACUCCAAAGCCGGCUGUUUCCUGUACCUGGAGGGCCAGAUCAAAGCCCUCAAAUUACUCUCAAAGGAACGAGAUUAUUUCAACAUCUCCCCUGUGCAUAAAGGCAAUGAGGGACGCUACAGCUGCCAGUGUUUCACCAGGACUACUUCGUUCGAAUGGUCUGCUGUCAGCAAGACCCUGGAUUUGGUGGUGAGAGCCCAGGAGCUUCCCAGCGCGCCCCUUGUCCGCGUGUGUCUGUUUGCCCUGGGAGCCCCUCCGUCCCCUUGGGUCCCCUGUGGCCCCCACGGGACUCCUUUGGUCUGGGAGCUCCCGGGGGGCUCCUCCCGGGGGCUCCCA